AUGACAACAAUUCAAAGAAAAGAAGAGAUUGUUAAUAAUUUAACAACAGUUAGAAAUAACAUGCAAAGGAUUCUAAAUGAGCAGCAGCGUGAAGCUUGUUUGGUUGCUGUUAGUAAAUAUAAACCAAUAGAGGACUUGAUGUAUGCCUAUGAGACAGGCCAACGUCACUUUGGUGAAAACUAUGUACAAGAAUUAGUAGACAAGAGUCAAAAGUUGCCAGCAGAUAUUCAAUGGCAUUUUAUUGGACAUCUCCAAAGCAACAAGUGCAAAACGGUUGCAGCCAUUCCAAAUUUGUAUGUGGUCGAAACGAUCGAUAGUAUAAAAAAGGCAGAUACUUUAGAUAAGGCAUGUAAGGCAGUAGAACGAAAAGAGCCUCUAAGUGUGUUUGUACAAGUGAAUACGAGCGAAGAGGAUGUUAAGAGUGGAGUAGAUCCUUCGAGUGUAGUGGAUGUCUGCAAGCAUAUAAUUGAACAAUGUUCAAAUUUGAAGCUACAAGGAUUGAUGACUAUUGGUAUGUUUGGAAGAGACCCUUUAGUUGAAAACCCUGAUUUCAAGUGUCUUAUGGAAUGUAAACAAAGGGUCGAAAACGAAUUAAGCGUGAAAGACUUGGAGCUAAGUAUGGGUAUGUCUUCUGAUUAUGAAAUGGCAUUAAAGAUGGGAUCUACCAAUGUUCGUGUUGGCACAACGAUCUUUGGUGGAAGACCACCCAAGACAGAAAUAAAGAAAUAA